GACAAACCGGAAGUACAAGAUGGAAAUUAGUCGUCUUCCGUGCAACAUUGUAUUAUUUUACAGGAGCUCGACUGUUUGGACUGGAUGCGAUUUUAUUGAGAUAAUUUAGUUACUUUCCGCAUUUUGACAUUUGUCAUGGGUGGAUAUGGGGUCAUGGCGAAUGAAGAGUCCCUGGAUUACUCCGUGCACGAGGCAUGGAACGAAGCGACUAAUGUUUACCUUCUUGUCAUUUUGGUCAGCUUCGGUCUGCUGAUGUACGCGAGAAAAAACAAGAGGAAGAUUAUGCGCAUUUUUGCACUACCCCCUACCGCCACCCCAGAACCGAACUUCUACGACAGCUUGCAGAAAGUGAGGUUGCGACAGCAGCUGGAGAUGUACUCUUAUUCACGGAAAUAUGAACAAGCUCAGCAGGCUCAAACUGACAGUGUGCAGCUCUCCAUGGAGUGAAAACGCAGUGGUGGGCACACAUCGGAUCGCUUCAUCUUGCUGUGUUUCAUAGCAGCCAAGCUGUGUACACCAACACUUUUCGGACGCUUAAAUGAAAGAGCCUGGAGAAUUGCCUCAACAAAAUGGACCAGGAUAUGAAGACAACUCGGAGUGGUGAAUUAGUAAACCAAAAGCUACAUUUGUGGAAAGUAUAUGUCUAUAGGACUGUUGCGUGUGUGGCAUUGGGCAGUUGGCCUUUUUUUUACCAUCUAUUGGUAGAAUUGAAUAUUCUAAUCCACGCAUUAAUCACCUGCAUCAGUCCUAACAGUCUGUGCAGUAACUUUUUUCCCCACAAUGUAUAGGUGGCGGGGUCAAAUGAUGUGCAUGUGCUGCCCUCUUGUGACAAUGAAAGAAGUUGCAUCAACAUGCCCACAUUUUAUUAUUGUUAUUUUAUCGCUUAGGCGAAUAUUCAUUGUGAUAAAGCCAGCCUCUCAAAGUGAAUACCUUGACCAACUCUGGAAAUAGGCGAUGGUGGAGCUGAUAAUAUUCCCAUUCAUUGGUCAUUACACAACCUAACACAACCAGAAACACUGUUCAUACAUUUUCCCUUGGCAAUAGCACUCUCAGACAUGUAAUGUUAAUUAGAAUGGGCCAUCACAAAAUUACAUGUGAUCCCAGUAAAAUAAUUGUUUAACAUGGAUCAUUCCUUUGGGACUGAGCAGAUUUUAAUUUGGUCUCCACAAUCAAGGUUUUCAGCAAUGUGAAUCUUGCAGUGACUGUAUAUUAGUCUGACUGGUUUAAGGUGUGAGUGAGUGAGUGAGUGAGAUGGCGUGUCUGGUUUGUUGGCCUGGUCUCCUCCUGAGAGCUCAUUCUGAUGACUGGUAGGCCUACAAAGAUAAUGAUCUGACCUCAUUGUGUCUUUCUCCCGAAACCAUCCAAAACUGAGACUGACAACCAUAAGUAGGAGCCCAUGACAGCCAGCCACCACCGGCAUCACGGCCAAAUUAGACCCAUGUUUUACUGGUGACAACUUGCUAUGGGAAAAGCUUCUAGUGAUGAGCCACAUCACUGAUAUCCUUGCUUACAGGUUCAGUCACUUCAGAAAAGUUGAGUGUGUGUGAAUGUGUGAACUUUUUUUUCUUAUUGUUGUUUUGUGUCUUCAGACACAGUUGACACAGUUGAUUAUGAAAUACCCACACUAUUGUCUCUGUAAUAAUGUGUUAAAUUAAAGUUUUGUUCUGACAAUA